CAUAAAUUCAAACUUGCCUCCGUCCGCCAUAUCGUUGCGUCAAACAUAAAUAAAUAUGGCUCCUGUUGCAAAGUCAGUAAUGUAGCGUUGACGUUUUGGUGUGUUAAUUCAAGUUUUAAGCACUUAACAUGCCGAAAGAGAAACAGCUGAAUCGGACUCAGUCAAGGCGGGCCGCUAGUAAGGAGGCCCUGAAACAAAUGCAUCUGUUGCUGGGAGCUGAUAAUAAUAAAUAUGAAAUAUCGUCAGAUGACGAUGUUAUAGAAGUCGAGGUGCAGCCACCAAAGAAGAAAUAUAAGUUAAGUCACCGGAAGUCAUCAGAUGGAAAUGAUCGUGACGUCAUAGUUUUAAAACCCGUUGACGAAAGUGUUUUCGACUUGGAAGUGGUCGUCGAAGACUUAGCCCCAAGUCAGAAGUCUCGUCUCGAGUUGCUUCAAAAAGAAACAAACGAAGUUGAAACAACAAUUCAACAACUCCUCACCGCCCCCAACACCGAAGUCGUCUACAAUGGGGUCUACACGACCGCUGUCGAAAUCACUGAACAGAUACAGACAAUCCUUAGCACGCCCACCCCCGCUGCCGCCUCCACCGCCCAGUUCACAAUCACGAACCAAACUCCGCUCGCCGCCCCCACCCCCGUACAACAGCCGGUCGCUAGUCAGAGUCUAGUUUUGCAGCAGCAGCCACCGUCUGCCAACAAUGCGAUUCCACAAAGCUACCAACUGGUCAUGGAUCCGCGGCUUGGUGUCAUCGUGGGGGCGGUGUCCACGUCAAACGCUAGUCCCAACACGCCGCCCCUUUUGUAUCAACCCAAAGUUGCAAUUCCGGCGCCGGGGGCGGCAGCAGCUACAGAAUCGCCGGCGGGCAAGGGACGGCGCGGCCCCAUUUUGAGACAAGUGCCCGCUAAUGCUAUCCCACCGCUGGCGAAAGUGUCGCAGAAGACGCCCGUGGCGGCCAACAAGACCCAGAAUAAAAUUCAAGUCAAGCCGAUGCUGGGGAAGGCGGUGCAGCCCAAGCAAAAUGUAGUUAAAACCAUCCCGGCUUCACCGAAACCCAUCCCGAUAAAGGGAAGGCCCCCGACCACCUCGACGUCUACCAAUUUUCGCCCGACGGAGAGCAACGUCGAGGGCGGCUUAAGCAUGGGUGCAAAGCCGUCGAAGAGUAUCGAUCUGACUGGCGAAGAUGGUCGUGCGUUACCGGACAGCCGGGAAGUGUCCUUCAACAAGCUUCAAGGACGUACCUACCCGUCGCUCGUCGUAGUUGCAAGGCCGCAUCUUCGUGUCAAAGAUUUGGCAGCAGAUCGAAGUAAACUUGACGUCAAGGUCAAAAGUGUGCUUAUGUAUCCACCCACGAAGUUUACCGAAUGGCUAAUCCAACAAGGGUUGGUCCGAUCCGAUCAAAAAUGUUCGGUACAUACGACAAAUCCACUCAAGCUGGGGAUGUAUAGUGAUGCCUCGAAGUUUCCCUAUUCGGGGGGUUACGUGUGGAUUUCAGAGUGUUGCCCCCAGAGGUUUGUUUCGGUUUUUAGUGGCUCUAUAUUUGAAGGGUCGCAGCAUCCACCGAUGUCAAUUUUGAAACUUUUGUACCAUUGGUGUUGCCAGACGAUUGUGCAAAACGUUACUCAAUGGGUCAAAGUUGAUAAUCUCUACGUUAAAGGUAUGUACACUUGGCUGCGCUCCGUAUGUACAGUUGCAAUAUAUUCCCAUAUUAAACAAUUGGGUGGGCCGGGGGUUAAAGUUCAAAUCGGGGUGAUAAGUCUCGGGACAACGUCCCAAGAUGGUAACAAGCGAGAGGUCAAAGUGGAAGUAUUGGGAAUUCUGGAAACCACCACCAGACAUAUACGACUGCGAGCGGUGGAACCGCUAAGCGAACUUGAGCGUAAUUACAAGAAACGGUUCUCAAAAAUCCUUGAGCCGGUGUUCAACUGGGUGCACCCGCAAAGUAUCAUUGUAACAGAUCUGACAGUUGACAAAAACACACUGCAUCAACUGGGUUUCCUCCACGUCCAACAAAACACAUCCAACGAUUAUGCGAACAGCAACCGUACUAUAAUGGAGUACCUGCGACGCAUCGUCCCCCGAAUGUUCCAAAAUACGUUAUCUCUUCUUUCCCGACCCAUAAUCCAGCAAUUCCUCGACGAAUUGGUCUGGAGGGAGUGGUACGGUACCACCGUUUUGCAAUGUUUCGACAAUAUGGUCAAACAUAUCUCGGAACAGACUCGGUUCGACUCGGGUUCGUCCCUCAUUAACCGGUUGAACAAAGUCAGCGCAAACCCAUUCAAAAACUGGUCGAUUACGACCUACACCACUUCCACUCCUUCGAAACCGGUGGAACCCGCUCCAAAGCGCUACAGCCGCUUGCGCAAACCGCAACCCUCUGCACCUGCACCACCUCCGGUACAGGAGGUAGUAAGGCCUAGUAAAUCUCAUUCGCCGGAUGUACCUGAGCAGAUGGUACCUCUUGAAAAUUACUACUACGGUACCAUUUCUCCGACUACGCCCUCCAAGAAUAAUACCAUGAUUAAUAUUAAGUGCCCCUUCUGUAAAUUGACGUUUAAUACGAACAUCUCCCUCAUGAACCACUUAUUCAAACAUGCGCAUAACGUGUCGAAUGACGUCCAAUUGUGCAAGUACUGUCUGACGAUAGUACCAUCAGCCAAUGAUCUGCUCAAGCAUAUUAACACCGCGCAUCCUGACGAAACCAAGUUUGACAACGGAUUCGUGUGUUUGAUUUGCGAAUCCCACUUUCGGAAUCCGUUCAUACUAGGAAAACACUUGUCAAGGGAACACAACCCGUCGGAACUACCCUAUUUGUGCGGUACUUGCGGGUUCCGGUGUUCUAAUCAUAAGCAAGCCGUGGAUCACUUCUACCAACAGCACGACCGCGGAACGACGAUUCAGUGUCCGUUCUGUCUUAAAUCGACGACGAUUUACUCGGGAGGGAGGAACAUAUCGCAAAAUAUGAACUACUUCAUCCAACAUUUACAAAAACAUCAGAAAAAACAGCUGGCGAAACGGUGCGGAAAGUGCACGCUUUGGUUCAUCCAAAAAGAGUUUCUUAAAGACCAUCAGAUCAAAAUGCACGCUUCGCAGAGAGGCAAACCAGGACUGGUACCAGCGUUUGCACCGAGAAACGGCGUCAUGGUGCCCAAAUCCAAGAUGGACAAGUGGCCAGAUGAUGCCAAAGUGAUCAAUUUCUCGACCCUUUAUUUCAACGUUAACAAGAAUCUUAAUUGUAAAGAGUGCGGACAAUCGUUAAGUUCACCGAAACACUUCGCGUCAUUUGAUAGUUGUCAGAAUCCAAACUGCCAGUUUUCGACAUGUUGCACCACAGCCAUGCAAAACCACGUGGCUAAAUGUAAAUUCCUCAAUUCGAAACUACCGGCCGAGAAGCUCCCCUAUGAGAUGUUUUGUAUUUGUGGCUACAGCGAUACCGAUGGUAACAUGUUGGCUAAACAUUUGGCAAUUUGCGAGCGCAAAUCGGCGUAUCCAUCUCAGGAGGCUGCGAAAGAGGCCACCGUCACUCAUAGUAUGCUUGAUGUUUUGGGUUUGGUGCGGAAACCAGAAGAGGCGACGUCGAGUAAAGAUGAUCUGCCCCGACUUAUACCGACAAGAUCUGAACCGAUUAUUUUGAAACGCGGCAGGCCUAGGAAACAUCCGGUACCACCAAAAGAAGUCAUUGAAGUAAAAGAUGACGAAGAGCCCUUGAGUAUUAGUGAGGUCAGGGGAGGGGUUAAAAUUGAAGGAGAGAAACAUGGUAUGACUGAAAUUGAAGAAAUUAAAGAAAGUGAAAAUAAGGAUGUCUCGGAGAAACAAAAGGAAGUCCAAGAGGAUAAGAGUCAAGUUGGACAGGAAGACCAUCAAGAGAAAGGUACUGAAGAAGAAACAAGUGAAGUCGUUGAUAAGGAACAAGAAGACCAUCCUGAGAAAGAGAUUGAAGAAGAAGCAAGUGAAGUCGGUGGUAAGGGACAAGAAGAAGAUCAAGGGAAAGAGAUUGAAGAAGAAACAAGUGAAGUGGUUGAUAAGGGACAAGAAGACCAACAAGAAAAAGAGAUUGCAGAAGAAACAAGUGAAGUGGUUGAUAAGGAACAAGAAGAUCAACAAGAGAAAAAUAUUGAAAAAGAAACAAGUGAAAUCGUUAAGGCACCAGAAGACCAAGAAGAGAAAAAUGUUGAAGAAGAAACAAGUGAAGUUAUUGAUAAAGUACAAGAAGACCCUCACGAGGAAGAAGAAAAAACAAAUGACAUUGUUGAUAAGGGUCAAGAAGAUCAUAGAAAUGAGGAAGUUGAAGAAACGACGAGUGGAAUUAAGGAACAAGAAGACGUUCAACAAAAAGAAGCUGAAGAUGACAGUGGAAUUGUUGAUAAUAAAUCGGAAAAUGAUGAAGUAAAGUGUGUGGAAGAAGAGGAAAUAAAAGAACACAGUGCAGAAGCACGAGACAACGAAUCUGUUAGUGAAAAUACAAAAGACGUAAAUGAAUUACAGUCUGAGACAGUUGAAAGUGAAAGUAUGGAAGUUGACAGUUGUAAUGCCAGCGAAACAGUCGAAACGGUGGCAAUAGGAAAUCAAAUGGAAAAAAACUCUGAAACUAUUGAUGAUAUCUGUCCUAUGGAUACAGACUAAAACCUAGAGAGUAUAUUACGUUUGUAAAUAAGAUGUUAUUGUUCAAGACUGUAAAAAGUAAUUGUUGCGAACAUAGUUAAUUAGUGUUUGCGUUUCUUUCAAACUCGUUUUUCUUUUACAAAAGCAGAUUUUUUAUAUGCUUAUCACGUCUGUUCUGUAAGGUUCUAUUGAAUAUUAUAUUUGUAAUACUUUUAAAUAAAAAAAUCCUCCUUGAGUUUAA